ACACACACACACACACACACACACACACACACACACACACACUGAGCUCAGUGUUUCAGACUCUCUGAUGUUCGACGGUUUUCAGACAGACAGGAUCAUGGUAACUACUGAGACCCACCAGAGUCAGGACCUCAUGGUUCCCCCCCAGAUCCAGGACCAGAUCCAGGACCUCCAUGACCAGCUCCAGCUCCAGAACCAGGAGAACCAGGAGAACCAGGAGAACCCGACUUCGUCUCUGGAGAAAAUGGGGCAGGGCCCCGUGAACGCCAUCACGGUCCUGACGCUGCUCGACAAGCUGGUCAACAUGCUGGACGCUGUGCAGGAGAACCAGCACAAGAUGGAGGUGCACCAGGUGGAGAUGGAGGGCGUGGUCAGAGGGAUCCAGGCUGAUAUGACCAAACUGUCCAAGAGCCACAGUCACACGUCCAACACUGUCAGCAAGCUGCUGGACAAGAGCCGCAAGCUGUCCGUCACCAUGAAGGAGGUGCGUGAUAAGAUGGAGCGUCAGGGCGUCCAGGUGAAGAAGCUGGAGGCCAACCACGCCCACCUGAUCCACAGGAACAACUUCAAGGUGCUGAUUUUCCAGGAGGAGAAUGAGAUCCCAUCCAGUGUCUUUGUGAAGGAUCCUCCUCCGUACCCCCGUGAUAUGAUUUUGGAGGAGGCUGACGAGGCGGCGCUGGCUGUCGUCGACGGUAACCGAGCCCAGGAGGGCGGGCUCAGCACCAUCGACCUAUCAUCUGAUGAGGACGUCGGCCUGGAGGCGGAGCCAGAUGAGGAGGAGGCGUGGCCUCAAGAUCUCGAGAACAUGGAGAAGUCGAGAGCAGAGAAGCUGAAACGCUCCAGUUUGAAGAAGGUAGACAGUCUGAAGAAGGCGUUCUCGAAGCAGAACAUUGAGAAGAAAAUGACGAAGAUCGGAACAAAGAUCGUUUCUGUAGAACAACGAGAGAAGAUCAAACAGAAGGUCACACCUCUCACCUUCAGCAUCAGGAAGCCUCGCAGCAGCAGCAGCACCUCAGACCCUCCGGAGGUUUCGGCUCUGAGCGAAGAGUCUCUUCCUGCUGACCAGGAAGUCUCCUUCACAGAGGUCCACGCUCUGCUGGCUCCGGCCGAGCAGGAGGAGCUGAAGGAGGAGGAGCUGAAGGAGGAGGAGCUGAAGGAGGAGAGGGAGCUGAAGGAGGAGGAGGAGGUGAAGGAGGAGGAGGAGGUGAAAGAGGAGGAGGCGUCAGGUGUGGAGGCGAACCUGUCGGUGAUGUCAGAGGGAGUCAGUCAGGAGUACGCUCUGUCAUCUACGCUGCCUCAGGAGGAGAAACAUGAGGAGGAGAAACAGGAGGAGGAGAAAGAGGAGGAGGAGAAAGAGUAGGAGGAGAAAGAGUAG